AUGUCGGAACACGUACCUGCUUGGAAAAGGUUCCAGAUCAAGAAGUCAGAGGAAGGGAAUCAGAUCGAUGAUGAGCUAGACUCACUCAUUGUGUCUACACAUCUUUCCAACGGUUCACUUUCGAAGAAAGAGAAGAGAAGGAUUAUUAGAGGUGGCAAUGCGGAUAGUAAAAGCACUGGCAACAAAGUUGCAAAAAAGAGUAAAGACAGGAAAAGAGAGAAAUUGGCCAAAGAGGAUAGACUUAAGAAGAAGGAAACUGUGUUGAAGGAUCAAUUGAGGUAUUUGAUCGAUUUCUAUACAUUGAAGUUGGAAGUGGAGCUGCCGGAAGCCGUGAAAGAGCUUCCUAGUGUAAAGGAAAACGUAUCAAUUAUAUCACCCUCUGAGGAAUUAGCUGACAAAAACGUAGUAAGAGAUGUAUGGAAGUUCAGUAAACAGAAACAGAAUUGGCUCAUCAAACAUUUCGUUAUCACUGAUGAGAUCCCAUCAGCAUUCAACCCGCUAUUAGUGAGAUAUUUCCAGGACUUACAGGGUGGUUCGAAGGCUCAGCUACAAGAAAGUUGUUUGGAUGUUAUCGAGAAGCAAAAUAAAUAUCUAGAGCAGCAGAAAGAGGAAAUGGCUAAGAUUGUGCUGGGAGAAGCUACAGAAGCAUCCAAAGAUCAAGAGAAACAGAGCGCCGAUGAUGAGUCCAAGGAUAAAGAUGUCAAAACAGAAAUGUCCAAAAAGUCUGACGAAAGUGAAGAGGAUACAGCUAAUAAAAUAAACGAGAUCCUACCACCUAGCCAAGAGCUACUGGAAAGAGUACGUUCCAUGCUCGAUACCUGGGGUGUUAAAUAUGAACUAAAUAGCUGA